UAAGGGAAAAAACGGAGCUAGAAUUGCCGGGUCACUUCCUUCCUCAGGCUGUCCUGGGACUCACUGCAGCUGCUCAGGGUCCCCAGGUUCACGCGGAGCUCUAGACAAACGGGAUGACACUGGCUAGGUGUUUGGCCCUGGAAACCCAGCCGAGGUGGUUAGGGAUGGAGAUACGGAUACGGACUAUGCGUGAAUCUUCAUUUUUGCAACUCAUGAGAGCUUUGUGAUAAAAGGAAACAGUUUGCUGCCUGCUUCAGGGGGAAGGUCAUUUGCAUUUCUCUGCAAGGAAGUAGUAAUGAGUCACCAAGCCUUAGAUUUCACCCCUUCUUGAUUUCUUGCUGAGUUAACUUUAAUUGAAUGGAAGAGUAAUUGUAAAUGAAUUGUCUUGAAAAGAAAUGGAUGAAGGAAGGUGGAAGAUGGCACUAGGGGGAUGGAGACAGACCACAGGACUUGUCCUGUUUAAAUGUAUUGAUACCUUAAAACUAUUGGAUUAGACAAUAUGUAGAUACUCCCAUAGCAUAAGGAAAAUGCUUACAGUUCUGUGAGAUGAUAAACUUUUCUAGAACAUCCAGUCGAAAAGUCUGGCCAAAACAAUUUCCUUUAGAAUAUCAGGGUUAGAAAGGCCCUCAAAGGUGAGCUAAUUAGAUGGAAUUUUUGAGUAAAAGAUGUUGAAUUAGGAGUGGACAGAGAAAAAUAUCAGACUGCUGUCUAUCUUCCUACAGCUCUUCUGGGUUAUUCAGUUUCCUCAAUUAGAAAACAAAGAUAUGCCUACUAAAUGAAAAAGUCUCUUUUUUCUAUACCCUUGCAUAAAAUGCUACUAGUGGGAAACUAUUAUUUCAGUUGUUGAAAGAAAGAGCUGCAUGGUAACAACAAAAGUUGGAUUAUACUUACUUGGGCCAGUAUUUACCUAGAAUGCUUCUAUCUUUUGGACAGGUAUAGCUUUAUAAAAGACUUAUAUCUGGGAAAUCACUAAGAAGCUGUCACUAAGAAACAAGAUCUUUCUUUAUCCAAGAAGUUUUGCAUUUUUAGAAAUUUAUUUUACUAUUUUCUGAGCAAAAGAAUUAUACACAGAAUUACGUGCCCACAGUUUUUAUUUAAUAAUUACUCAUGCUUAAAAUAUAUUUACUACAUGACUUAUAAUGGGCAAAAAUGUAAGUGAGUACAUUUUUGCCUUUAUUGCCAAUAAAGUCGUCUCAGAAGUGAGCCACAGAGGUAUGUGGUUCUUUUGAGUCAAAGGUCUUAAUUAAGACAGUCCAGUGUAAGUCUCAUUAAUGCACAGUCAUUUUGGAAAAAAAGGCAAGAAAAACCUAAGAAACCCCCUCUCUGCUCCAGUUCUCUGGUUCAUUAAAGAUUCCUUCUAAAGUAACUGAAAUGCUUUCCUCAGGAGGAUUUAUUUGAAUGUGCCUUUCACAUGCAAAGGAUAUUGUGGGAGAUAACUUCCCACAUGUUGUUAAAAGCAUCCUGAUUUUGCUGGCACGAGUAGGAACAUCUGUUGUGAGGAAAGAAAAAGUUUCAUGUCAAUUACACAGUAAAGGAAAGUAGGGAUGUUCAAGUUGAGAAACCAGUGACAUUUCUUGUAACUGUACUAUGAGUCAGCACGAUUUUAAUCUUCCUGCUAAUAUACAGAGAUGUAGUGAGGUGAUAGGGGGCAGUGUUCAUUUGGCAUAUGCAUUAUUCUGCGUUUCUGUGUGUGUAUGUGACUUCACAGCAUCGACGUUUCUGUGCUUAAAUGGGAUACAGUAAAUUGUAGUCCGUGGAAGGCUGACUGGAAUCAACACGCCUUAGCUUUAGAAAGCAGUUUCCGCCCAGCAAUGGAACCCCAUGUUCCUGGAAGUUUGCACAUCAGAGUAAACAAACUUGAAAACCCCUCUUGAUAGCAGAAUUCACCCAGCCUUGUUCCAUUUUCUCUUAACAAAACACACCGCAAAAGCUCUCACAAGCUGCUUUGAUGAAGCCACAUGUAUUUCCCCCUUCACAAUUUACAGGAAGUUACUCUUAAAAGAAAGUGAUUCUGGUGUUUACUGCCCGUGUUAAAGGGACAGAGUUCCUUUUUGUUUCUGAUAACGACUGAGCAAAAUGCAGAAACGAUUUAUAGGCUAACGUAGUAUGUGAUUAAGAACAAAGCAAGAACCUGCUGUCCGGUUAGAGGGCCAUUGCUGCUGCGAGCAGGGUCCUGCUACUUGGAGACUACAGGUUGCAGGAAACCAGGUAUUGAUUGUACGUGUGUGAGGACAUUUCUUACGUCUGAAGAAAAGGGGGGACAUCUUAAGAAGGAGGAGAGGGAGAAACCUUCUGUGGAAGGAAGGGUAAGGCGUUUCAGUAAAAAUGUGUAUUUUAAUUUUUCCUGCCCUUACCUCUGCCUUUUUACUGAGUGGUCUGAAUGCAUGUGUUAACCAGAAGCAGCAUUACUGGAGGGCGAACUUGGGGUUCUUCGGUAUGCUUUGCUUUUAAAGAACGACAUAGUUUCUUCCUGUUCUUUUUCCAAAAACACACGCCUAUGGCUCAGUGAGGUGAGUGUUUCAGCCGACCUCCCCACAGAUAAGAGGGCUCCCUGUCCCCUCCUCGGGCUUGUAAGCAAAGCACAGGGCCAAACACGUCUAUCGAGAGGAAAAGUGACUUCUCCUGACGUCUCAAGUAGGCUGUCAGAUUCUGGCUUCCAUCCCGGUGUUCACUUUGUUAUGGCAGGUGAAGUUCACCUUUGCCCCACCCAGUGUUUCCACAAAAAGGCACAGUUCCAAGUAUUCAUAUGAACAAGUGUUACUUCUGGACUCGGAGGCUUGGGGGUGGAGGAUGUUUGCAUAGUUUAAGCCUUGGGCGGGGGUGUAGGAAACAGGCAAGUACAGAGGCCGUAGAAAAAGCUGAGACUCAGUCUGACGUACGCAGUCGGCUUGGUCUUCUACCCAGUGACUCAAAGCACUAGAAGUCCGCAGAACCUACCUGAAGCUGGUAGUGUUGCCUGUGCGCCGUUCAUGGCCGAGCCAAGCGCGGCAGUGCCGCUUGCACCCAUCUGGGGCAGCUCCGUAAAUGUAGUUUUGUGUUUCAUUCUUCUGUUGUUUUUUCCUCCAAACACGAAAAGGCCAUAAAACCGAAAUGGAAAAGAUUUAUUCCAGAGGGGAACUUCACCACUUCAUCGAUGGCUUUAAUGAGGAGAAAAGUAACUGGAUGCGCUAUGUGAAUCCGGCGCACUGUGCUCGGGAGCAGAACCUGGCUGCGUGUCAGACCGGGAUGAACAUCUACUUCUACACCAUUAAGCCCAUCCCUGCCGACCAGGAGCUGCUGGUGUGGUAUUGUCGGGACUUUGCAGAAAGGCUGCACUACCCUUAUCCCGGAGAGCUGACAAUGAUGAAUCUCACAAAAACGCAGAACCAGCCGAGGCGGCAGGGCGCAGAGGGACCCGGCCUCGGCCCCAGGGGCGCCCCAAGGAGAGAGCACAGCGUGAAGGAGAUCCUGCGGCGGGACCCCAGCCCCUCCAAAGGGAAGGACUUCUACCGUUCGGACAUGUCCCCCUUCGCCCCGGGAAAGGACACGGACCCCUUCGGGAGAAACGGGAGCCCCGACAUGCCCUUCUACCCGCGGGUGGUGUACCCGCUCCGCCCGCUGCCCGACGACUUCCUGACAGCCCCCCUGGCCUACGGGGUGGAGAGGCCCCCCUACCGGCCGCGCUCGCCCGUGCCGUCCUCCGCCACGCCCAGCCCCUCGGCGCGGAGCAGCCCGGCGCGCAGCCUGCAGGGCUUCAGCCCCCGCAGCAGCCCGGGGACGGCCGGCUCGCCCCCAGGCCCCGGCCCCCAGGCCCCGCGCGAUGCCUGCGCCGGCCUGGGUGCACCCUACGGAGCCGAGGGCCUGGGUGCCUACCCCGGCUUCCCCCCGGGCGCGCCCCUGCCGCCGGCCUUCGUCCCCCCCUACGGGGCGCACUACCCCAGGCUCCUGCUGCCCCCCUAUGGCGUCAACUGCGGCGGCCUGGGCGUGGGCGGCGUGAACGGCGUCGGCAACCUGGGCCUCUUCCCGCGUCUGUACCCCGUGUACGGCGGCCUCCUGGGCAGCGGCGGCCUGCCGCACCCCGUGCUCGCCCCGGCGUCCCUGCCCAGCUCACUGCCAUCCGACGGGGCCCGCAGGCUGCUGCAGCCCGAGCACCCCAGGGACGUGCUGGUGCCCGCGCCGCACAGCGCCUUUUCCCUCCCCGGCGCGGCCGCCAGCCUGAAGGACAAGGCCUGCAGCCCCACCAGCGGCUCCCCGACGGCGGGCACGGCCGCCACGGCAGAGCACGUGGUGCAGCCCAAAGCUACCUCGGCGGCCAUGGCCGCCCCCGGUGGCGACGAAGCCAUAAAUCUCAUUAAAAACAAAAGAAACAUGACCGGCUACAAGACGCUCCCCUACCCGCUGAAGAAGCAGAACGGCAAGAUUAAGUAUGAAUGCAACGUCUGCGCCAAGACGUUCGGCCAGCUCUCCAACCUGAAGGUCCACCUCCGAGUGCACAGUGGAGAGCGGCCUUUCAAGUGUCAGACGUGCAACAAGGGCUUUACUCAGCUCGCCCACCUGCAGAAACACUACCUGGUACACACGGGAGAGAAGCCGCACGAGUGCCAGGUUUGCCACAAGCGGUUCAGCAGCACGAGCAACCUGAAGACGCACCUGCGGCUGCACUCGGGGGAGAAGCCCUACCAGUGCAAGGUGUGCCCCGCCAAGUUCACCCAGUUCGUGCACCUGAAACUCCACAAGCGCCUGCACACGCGGGAGCGGCCCCACAAGUGCGCCCACUGCCACAAGAGCUACAUACACCUGUGCAGCCUCAAGGUCCACCUGAAGGGCCACUGUCCCGCGGCCCCAGCCCCCGGGCUGCCCGUGGACGACCUGACCCGCAUCAAUGAGGAGAUCGAGAAGUUUGACCUCAGUGACAAUGCCGACCGGCUGGAGGACGUGGAGGACAACAUCGACGUGACCUCUGUGGUGGAGAAAGAAAUUCUGGCUGUGGUCAGAAAAGAGAGAGAAGAAACUGGCCUGAAGGUGUCUUUGCAAAGAAACAUGGGGAAUGGCCUCUUCUCGGGGUGCGGCCUUUAUGAGCCGUCGGACGCGCCGCUCAUGAAGGUGGCUCCCAGCAACCCACUACCUCUGGGACCUGUAAAGGUCAAACAGGAAACAGUAGAAUCAAUGGAUCCUUAAGAUUUUCAGAAAGCAAGAAGUGUUUUGUUUUGUUUCUUAACUUACGACUUGUCAAGUCAGGGUGCCUGUAGUGAAUGGCUCGUACAGAAUCCCAGCUCUGCAAAGCCCUACCUGACUGCAGAUGGCUUCCCCCCACCGCUUUGGAAUUGAAGAAGGAACUCCAAAGUUACUGAAAUCUCAGGGCAUAAAUGAGGCAAAGACAAAAUAUAUAUAUAUAUAUACUUAUUUACACCAUCUAUAUAUUUGACCCUAUGUAUUUUGAGUAUUUGUGGAUAUGUUUGCAUAGCCUUCCCAUUGCUAAGACUUGCCUAGCCAUAAUUAUUUUUUCAAUGAUAAUCCUUCAUAAUUUAUUAUACAAUUUAGCAUUCAAAAAGCAAUAAUUAAAAAAGUUUACAAUGACUGGAAAAAUUCCUUGUAAUUUGAAUAUAAAUGUUAUAUUUUUAUCUUGUGGCCGUUCUUUGUAGAUAAUUUCAGCACAUCUCUUUAAGUACCCAAGAUGUAGUCAGCAUAUACAUGACUUCGGUUGACCUCCCUCUAUAAUAAUGGUUUGAACAUGAGGCUUCGGUCUUGCCAAAGUUCCAACAGUUGAUGUGUUAAUUCAUAGGGUCAUAUCAUUUGAACGGCAUCAUAUAUAGCCUGGGGGUUUGUGUGGAAUUACCCCGUGAUAACCUAGGUAGAAAAAACAAGAAAAGGAAUCUUGUAUGUGUCUGUAGAUCAGAAUUUCUCCCCCUCGCCACAGAUUUACCACAAAGGUGUGACAAGAAGGCUUUGCCAACGUGGCUCCUUCUCCAAAAAGCAGGGUCUCCGCACCCCCACUCAUGUGACAGAGUGGCUGCAUGACUCUUGCGAUCCCACGUAGUAUCUGAAAAUGUGAAGAAGACAUGAUGCCAUGUUUGAAGCCACCGUAAGACCUUCCCAAGGCAUGGGGGGGUUGGUAUGUGUGAGGUUUGGGGGCUUGAGUCUGGGUGUCGUUUUUGUUGUUGGUUUUUGUUGUUGUUACGUCAAAAUUGCACAAACAUGGUGCUCUACCAGGAAGGAUUCGAGGUAGAUAAGCGCAGGCCACACUUUAAAAACAAAAAACUGGAAAACGGGUAUUUUUGUUGUCUUAGGGUAAGAGCAGGUAAUGAACAUUCCUAUCCCCAACACAUCAAUUGUCUUUUUUUCUGUACAACUCCUGUUUUCCUCAGUAUUUGUGUUUUUACAUUUUACAGUUAAUUUAAUUGAAGAUGAAAGGGCAUUGCAAAGUUGUUCAACAACAAUUACCUCAUUGAGUACGUCCAGUCGUGCAGGAAAUGAUGACUUACCUAAUAUUUGCUACUCGAGAGGAGAGACGAAAUGUGCUCGGGAAAGAUAGAAUGUGUGCCACUCUAUCUUUUUACUCUGCUAAGCCCAAAGAUUACAUGUCAGCAUUCAAGGUGUAACGAAGAAUGAUGUAUAUUUAUAAAUCUAUUUAUACCACUAUACCAUGUGUAUAUAUAAUAUAUUUAUAACCACUUAAAUUGUGAGCCAAGCCAUGUAAAAGAACCUACUUUUCCUAAGGGCAGGAAAAAACACAAAAAUCAAACCCUUUCUGAGCCUUUGCUUAACACUUGUGACCUCAUAGGCACAGUGGUGAGCUUGGGUACCCCUUGCUCUUGUAAGACACCCUAAGACCUUGUUGCAAAGGUGGGGACUGCAUAGAAACCAGGGAGAAAGAGAUCCAUCAUUUUUACUAUUAAGGACCCUGUCAGAUGGCUUUAUUUUUGGUUUGCCACAUUAUGAUUAUAGGGCCACACUCAAGUCACAAAAAUAAGAAUCCCGUUACUACUCCUUCUACAACUAACUUUUCUCUCCCUCCUCCUUAAAUAACUGAUGUAUCACCAGUCAAUCUGGUUUAUAUGUUCAGCAUUUUGUUUUGAGGCAACCUGCAGGGAAGAGUAAUGACACAUUGAGAAUGAUCCAGGGAACCCUAAGAGCCUUACUGAUCCGUUCUACACAGCAGGGAAACUGACAGCUUUCAGGUGUCAGUGUUCGGGGAGCACACAGCCCUUCCAGUAGGUAGAGCAAAGCAUCACCCCGACACCGGUGCCAGAUGCUCUACUCCCACAUGCCCAUUCGCUUUUUGCCUUUCUGUGCUUUCGCACACGUGGGGAUUUCACCAGGCCCUGCACUAUGGCUUGAGACCUGGAUCUUCUUUGCUGUCUGGUUUUCCCCCUUAGGCCUCUUACAUGUGAAUGUUGAGCCCACAAUCAACAGUGGUUUUAUUAUUUUUUUUCCUCUACUCAGAGUUAAAACUGACCAAAGUUACUGGCUUUUCACUUUGCUAGAACAACAAACUAUCUUAUGUUUACGUACUGGUUUACAUUGUUAUUUAUGUGCAAAUUGUCAAAAUGUAAAUUAAAUAUAAAUGUUCAUGCUUUA